UCUGGAAGAACAGCCCAAAAGACGAGAUUCCGCCUGGUUGUGUGGAGAAAGACGCCCGUUUUCGGAACAAAUCUCGCGGCUGGAAGGCCAAAAAUGCGUCUGUAGUGCGGUGGUGUUGACAGACAUGCUCAGCGACCGCCGAUUGUGGUCUUAGCGUUGACAAGAGUGACAAAAACGGCCGCAUCCUGAGUCGGUCUUCGGGUCACGCCAACAUGGCUUCGUCCAACAGGGACAUUCAAAUGGGCUCGGCGUGGCUGCAGCGCAAAAUCAACCUGCGGCCCCAGCACCGAGGUGUCCACUUGGUCACUGACGAAAUCCUUAAGCCCAUCCCCGAGCUCUGCCAGUUUUCCGUGGGACUCUUCCAUGUACAAAUUCUGCACACCUCCGCAAGCCUGGCACUCAACGAAAGUUGGGACCCUGAUGUCAGGGAUGACAUGGAGAUGAUGCUGAAUAAGAUAGUGCCUGAGGGAAUGCCGUAUCGCCAUUCUUGUGAGGGUCCCGACGACAUGCCGGCCCACGUAAAGGCAUGUUUCCUGGGUUCCUCUCUGACCAUCCCCAUCACGGACGGCAAGUUGAACCUGGGCACCUGGCAGGGCAUCUGGCUGUGUGAGCAUCGGAACCACGCAGGCUCCCGCAAAGUGCUGGUGACCCUGAACGGGUGCAUGAGGGACUCAAGCCGCAGCCCGAUUUCGCCGGUCUCGCCAAUGGCCUCCACCAGCAGCUAAGGUGGCCUCGCACCAUUUAACUAAGCAGAUUAAGAAAAUGGGCUCACCGUGCAUUCCCAUGGUGCAGUUUAAGCUACCCCCUGCAUUUAUCGUUUCCUCGUUCUGUUCCAAGAGAAAAAAACACACUAAGUCGAGAACAAGCUUUUUUGGCUGCCACCAAUCAAGGGUCUGCACAGCACAAUGUAUGUAGGGAUGAGAUGACGGUCGGUUCAGUUGCCAAGGUGUUUUAAAACAGAGCUGCAAGGCAAUCAAAAGCACUACACGUCACAAUGCGAGCAAUGCCUAAGAACAAAUCCUGUCCGAAUGCUACAAUUCCAUCCAGUUUACGUUGGCUGAUGGCUUCUUAAGAUUAAAAAAAAUACAUGAUGAUGAUGAAAGAAAGAAAAAACGAAAAAUAAAUACUUAGCGUCACAGUAAUUCAUUAGGCACGAUUCAAAUCAAACAUUGACUUUUCUAUUGCUAUAACAAACUAAAAAUUAUUAUUGCAACAAAAUGAGGCAAACUUGGUUAAUGAAGACUCGUAUCUGUACUCGAUGCAGCUGUUGUUACCAGUUUAUACUAAAAGAUUUAUUCAUGAUUCUUGCCUUUGGAGUGGAGGUGUUGUUUUUUAUUCAGUUGGAGAGCUUUUGAAUGAGAGACGCUGAAUCAUUAUUUCUUGUUAACGCCGCUCAGUUUUUCAGUCAAAAUUUAAAUGAAUCCAUGUGUGUUUCAUAUUUCAAAAGAGAACUGGUGUGAGUGGGUUUUCACUGGUCCAAAUGAGAUAAUUAUAAGGCCUCUGUUAGCUCUCGCAUUAUUUCGUUUUGCCUAUAUUCCCGAGUAAGAAGCAUUCCUUUGUGAUAAUUUUGUUCAUUUACAUUUGUGUUGGGAAAACACAGUGAUAUUAUAAAUCGUUAUUUUAUCAGAGUUUAACCAGAUUGAGAACAAAUUAACUUAUUGAAAAAAGGACCACAAUUUUUUUAUGGUUUAGCAGUUAUACAAAGUGAUGUUAAUAUUUAUUUUGCGUUGGUUGCUCUGAUAUAAUUUCUAAUUAGUUAAAGUUGACAUGCACAUUCCAAUACUGCAAGCACUCAAAAGUCCCGUAUUUCAUUGUGACUUUGCCUCAUUUUCGCGAAAUACGGCAAGAUUUUUUGAUAAUAGACUACGAGUACUACCUACGUGCCAGCACUGUAAUUGCGUUGCGUGCCCCGAAACAAAUUUCUCAUAUAAUUUUGAAUGUUGUGUCCAUAGCUUAUGUGCAAUUGUCUUUCCUGUGAGUGUGCUACUUCUUCUUACACUUGCGUAGCGUGUAGUUGAUGAUCGAUUGAUGAUUUUUUAAAGACAAAACGGCAAAAGAGGAGCACAACAAGAAACUCAUAUUAAGGCUAUUAUUAUGAUUAUCAUUACGAUUCACUUACUAGUCUCUGUCCAAAGAUGUGAACGAGGCGUCGGGCGGCGUUGAGAACGCCGCCCGGUGGAGAAUCGCCACUCAAAAUACACACUUUUUGUAUAUUUAAAGAAAAAAAGAUGAGAUUUGAAAUGAUGGUGGCUGUCAUUGUAAAUUAUGAUUGACGUGCAUUCUUCGUUGCAACGAAGAUAGGUUGUUUUUUGUACAUAGUGUAAAUGUAAUAACUAAAAAGAAGAUGAAAAAACGGAGAACAUUGUAUGUAGUGUUUGCUGCCGCCGCUGCCAAUUGUUAAUUAUUUUUCACGGACACACAUACACACACACACAC